ACCCAUUAAUAAUUCGUUAAUCGUCGACCACGAAGUGGAGUGGACAGAAUGCCGAAAUGCGAUGUGAAGACAAGGUAUCUACCAGCUACGUUUGCCUGGACAGCUCUACUAAGCACCACGACACUCUUCUUCUGUUUUCCCUGUCAAUAUUACGUGUUUCGAUGGGGGACAUGGGUACCUGCUCUUCAAGGAGUCAUCACCUUUUUUGUUUUGGCAAAUUUCACACUAGCAACAUUCAUGGAUCCAGGUGUUAUCCCAAAGGCACCUCCUGACGAGGAUAGAGAAGAUGAUUUUCAUGCUCCAUUAUAUAAAAAUGUAGAAAUCAAUGGCAUUACAGUUCGCAUGAAAUGGUGUGUUACGUGCAAGUUUUAUAGACCUCCACGUUGUUCACAUUGCAGCGUAUGUAAUCAUUGUAUUGAGACAUUUGAUCAUCACUGCCCAUGGGUAAACAACUGUAUUGGUAGGAGAAAUUAUAGGUUCUUCUUUUUCUUUCUCCUGUCACUUAGUUUUCAUAUGCUCAGUAUAUUUGGACUUUGCCUAUAUUUUGUACUGGAACGUAAGCAACAGUUGGGUGAAGUGGACACUAUCGUGGCACUUGUACUUAUGGGUGUGGUUAUACUUCUGUUCAUUCCAAUCUUUGGACUGACUGGCUUUCAUGUAGUACUUGUUUCCAGAGGACGUACGACAAAUGAACAGGUAACGGGUAAAUUUAAUGGAGGCUACAAUCCUUUUUCUCAUGGUUGCUUACACAAUUGCUGUUAUACGCAAUUUGGACCACAAUACCCCAGUUUGAUUAAGCCUGAAAAGUAUUCAGGAAAACGACGCGGAAUUUCUACAUCUGAGAUAUCGACUAUAGGCAGUGAGAACCAGGUAAAAACCUACAUGGAUAGCAGCAAUGGUGUUAGAAAUGCCAGUUCAAAUGCUUACAAUAAGUUGUCUCCUGGACGAGAUGGGUCGGAUACAGACAUGGAACCUACCGCGUCACAGUCUGCAGAUUGCGAACCCACACCUCCAGUACAAAGACACGGUUCCAAAAGCAAUUUCUUCCUGCCACCUGUGGAGAAUAGUGAAUCUCCCAGGCACCCUCCACCAUCGCAACAUCGCCAUCCAAUGCACCACACUAGAGGCAGCCCUCACCCAAGGCCAAGGUACGUUGUCAAUACCUAUAGGGGAAUGAACGGCUCUCGAAGCCAUACGCCUGAUCCAUUAUCGCCAGAAGCAAGCGGUUCACCAGCCACAGCUUCUCAAAGAGGUCAAGGUCAAGGAGGCGCUAGUCCAACAACACAACGGAUUAAAGCUAUUGGAGUACCAACUCCACUUGCCAUUUCCAGUCCUAUUCGCAGAUCAAAUCCAGGUACGCCGACGCAGGUUCGUCGGCCAGAUUUUAUAGGAGUUAACGAGGCACCGACUUAUUACGAUGUACAGCAAGGAAAUAAUACCGGUGUUGGUGCUGCUAGUGGUGCCGUCGUAACCGGUUACAGCCCACAGCGACGUUUUUUGUCAGAAAGUGAGCUCGUUCGUCAAGGUACUGAUCAUUCGUACUCAAGAACUAAUAAUACUGUCGACAAUAUCCGAGAGUUAGCGGGUUCACCUCAACGUGGUGUCUAUAUGUGGAAAGAUAAUUCUCCUGGCAGCUAUCCUGCUCCAACCGGAACGGCGAAUGCAACAACGCAACAGUCACCCUCGCAAAGACCUCCACCACCGUACGAUUACUACCGUUCCAAUCCGACGAGUCCUACUCAACAGUUGUACGCUAAUCCACCUAGAGCAGCGUACCAUCCUGCAAUGAGAGGUGGAGUACCGGUCUUCCCGCCGCACCAGUCGCCACAAGUGAAACGAAAAGCCACAAUGGCGACACCAACUACUCCAACAUCAGGUGAUACUCGACGCAGACCAAUGUCUUUUGUCAGAGCUUUGGAAAUGACAGAUUCUAUGGAGAUGGUGUCAGCGCCUAAUGAUAGUAGAUCACAGCGGCCCACGACACCGACCCCGGACCGUGCUAGUGUCUACGAUAUGAACUAUGAGAUAUCUGUAUAGCCCACCUUUACGGUCUCCGCACCAUCCUGCGGCUGGACGGAGAUUGUACAAGAAUUGCCGUCAUUGCGCGUUUCCUAUUGCAAACAGGAAAGAACGUGUGCCGCUUACGAAAUAUCCGUCUAAAUUUUCGUGUCGAAGCAGCUAACGACAAUUUACGUCAAAUGAUAUUAACCCGGUCGGGGAAAUUGUAAAGUUCUUCCGGCCCAAAUGUUAAUUCACGUUUACGUCACAUCCACCAUACUUGAAAUAAUAUAGAGCAAGGCCAAUUAUUUUCCCGAGAAGGCAAGGACGUCAAACGCAGUUAUCGUUCAUCUAUAUUAUUAGUGAUACCCGCAGUGUACAAUGCGUAUGGACGAUGGUAUGUUAAAAUAUAUUCAGUGAAUAAUGAUAGUCGAUAGACAAAAAAAUCUCCGGGAAAGAAGUAUCGGUGUUUAAUAAUUUCUAUUGUGAUUUACUAAUAACGAAAAAUGCAUUAGGUUUUUUAUUUCGUGUUGAACUCAGAAGAUCGUCAAGCCGAUGGAAAAAAUGCUUGUUGAAAGCCGGGUCUACCGUUAAUAUAAGACUGGUCGUGUCUCGUUAUUAGCAAAAACUUUUCGUUUAGUCAUUGUUUAAGGGGAGGUGCAUUCGAUUCAAUAUGUACACGAGAGCGAAAUUUCGUGUUCAUUUAACCGAGAGCGAAAGAAGCGUUCGGGCCGAUUAACAAUCGAAAUAAUCGAGUCACGAAAGCGUCAACGAAAGUAAUUUUGAACGUUUAGUGACAAUUGCUAAGCGAAAACAGCUGCCGAAGAAUUUUUCCUCGUUCGGCAGCAUACACAAUUCUAUUUUUUAGUAUGCAGUAUAAAGUCAGUUUAGAUUUUGAUACCGUAACAUCGUGAUUGAAUUUUUCGAAACGCAGCAUCGAUUAAUUUUCGUUUGUUUCAUUUCUUUUUUUCCUUUAUUGAUCACAAUACACGAUUAGACGAAUAACAAUGAAUAUAGAAAUUAUCUUAAUCGGACAAUUUUGUUAGGCUCGCAAUCUAAUCUAUAGCCGUAUUCUUUUUUUCAUUUCGUAAUGAUACAAAGGAAUGUAGAACAACGUUGCGAAACAAGAUGAAAAUCGAAUCUGUUAGUAUAAUCUUCUGUCUUCAUUGAUGCAAAAAGAAUUCGUGUCCAAUUAACAAAAAGUUACUUAAUCAAUUUAAGUCAUUAUCAGGAUAGAAUAACAAAUUCUGUGUAAAAUAAUCGUGUAAAAUGAAAUGUGUAGCAAAUUUUUAAUAUACAUAUUUAACAAUAUUUAUACGUAAAUAAUAAAAAAAAAAUAUAAGACUUUAUAAUAAUUUCAUUUGUUUGUUAUAAAUGAUGAUUUUAUCGAUGUGACCACUAAUACGAUCAAUUAAUUUUUAUUAAGUGAAGAAAAUAAUAGUUAAAAUGAUAUAAGAAAGAGAACUGUGUGAAUGUUAAAAGAAAACGGAUGGAUGGACGAAUGGAUGUAUAUCAAGAGAAUAUGUAUUUAGAAUAUUAUAGAUGAAAAAGCAACUGACAGACCGGCAUGUUUCAAAUGUUUACAAUGGUGGAUAAUUCACUUGAUAAAGAAAAAAAAGAGAAAAAGAAAUAGAAAAAAACAUGAAUAACAGACUUUGUUAACAAGGGGAAUACAAUUUUGUAAUAUAUAUAUUGCAUAAAUUUAUUGAUAUAUCUACUGCUACUGUUAAGUUUGUAAUAUACCCCGCUUUUAAAAAAAAAUUGCAUGACAAUUUCUGUAUUAUGUAUUUGUAUGCGAGACCAAUAUUAUCAAUUAUGCAGGCUUAAUGAAUAAUUGCGAACCGUGUAUACGUAAGGUAAUCGUGAAAUAUUGCGUGCCCAGUUACCUUGCGUCAAAUUGAUAAUCGAAUUAUUAUUGUUAAAUAGCACAUAUCGUUCUGCUAAAGGGCUUAUCAAACAUCGAAUAUUUCCAAGCUAAAUGAACAUUUCCUCACUGAACAUCCGAUAUAUUUGGUAAAAAAAAAAAAAAAAAAAAGAGAAACAGUGGAUACAUAACAAUUAUUAGAAAUAUUUCUUCCAUUGCUGCGCUACUGAUAAAAACACAUUCGUUUCCUUUGUUUUAUGAUUAUAUAUAUUUUUAUUUUUCUUUACAAUGAGCUGUGCCAAAACAAAAGAAACAUACGACUUUCCAUAUUCACUCCAAUUAUGUAGUUUUGACAUAAUGAGCACUUGAAAAAAGAAAUUAAAUAAAGAUAAACAAAGGACCGGUACAACGUCAAAACUUUUUGAUUGCUUUAGAGAAUUAUGUGUAAAGUGUGACGAAUGUUUAGUGUUUAUAAUUCGGUGUACUUGUACAUAAAUAUUGCUCGUUAUUAUCACUUAAAUGUACAUACAUAAACAUUUCGGUACUUACGUAUCGCUGCAGCAAUCUACAAAAAUAAAAUUCAUGAAAUACAAGCUAA